AAAACAAACUUGAAACCUCAAACUAGCUCAAUCCUCUUUCGUCAAAAUCGCAGCCGUCGAGGGUCACAAAAAACCGAUUCUUAGAUCCGCCUCUCCGGUGGUCGGUGCUUCUCACCGGCACCGCGAGAGGGCUCUUAUUGUUGUUCCUUUGCUUUGUUCUUAGUCUUGUUGGUGUUUCCUUUGGUGAAACCUUGGCGAUUGGAGUGGCGGUUUUGUUGCGGCGUGGGUCUUUGGUGAUUGCAAAGGUGGAUUUUGCAAGGAUUGGCGGAUUCUCUAUGCUUUAAAGGUGUUGGCUCUGGUUAGUGUUGUCGGGUGAUGGUGGAUCUGGUAAGUGACGAGAGCUUGUGGUUGUUGGAAGUUUCUGUCCCCUUGGUUCUUUUGGGGCUGUGGUGGUGUUGGCCUUUGCCGGGUGGGCUGCUCCUCUCGUUGGUUUCUCGCAUGGUUGCACUUGGUGUAGUCUUUGUAUUUUGUGUUGAUGGCUUAAUCGUUGCCUCUGGUCUCUUGCUUGUGGCUUUAAGGUUGUAUAAUCGUUAGUUUAGGUAGCUUAAGGGGUUGUGUAGGUUAGUUUAGGCUCUGAUUCUACGGAUAAUCCGGGAUUUUGGUAUGGCUACCUCGUUCUCCUUCCUCUCUUGCUGCCCGAAGCUUUGGUCUGAGCUUGCUAGAGCUCUCUUGUUUUUGUGUCUUGCUGAGCUUGCUUUUGUCCUUUGAUGAGCUUUAUUGUGAUCUCUCCGGUUCGAUCGUAUGCUUUUCUCCUUUUGAGUUUAGUGUUUGCCGGUUAGAGGUUUGUUUCGCUCCUUGUCUCUACACUCAAGACCUGAUCGAGGUCUGGUCAGUUCAUGUCUUCUAACGAGGCGAUUAAAGGUCGUGGUUUGCGACAAAUGCCGCUUCCGAAAGAUUUGUGGGAUUUGGUCUCUUUGUCUCGCGUCUUUCUUGUCGGAAUAGAAGUCUAGGUUCAUUCGAUUUGAGAGGUACCUUGGCUACGCAAUAGGAGGUUUCGUUGACUGCAAGAUGGACACGUGUUGUCCUUUGUGGCUGGCUUGGUUCACAUUUGUGUGGGAGUAAGAUUGGCAAGUUCGUUUUCUUUCGAGCUUUUGUUUAAGUUUUUGACUGUUGUUUCGUUUUUGUGGAUUGUAUUCUCCACGUGUUCAACUGGUUCCCUCUUUUGGGCUUUCGCUUCCCUCUUUUGGGAUUUAAGUUUCCGGGGAUUUCUAGUGUUUCCGCCGGCUUAUGUAUUUCAACAAUGUAUCCUUCUUUGUGAUAUUAAUAAAAACAGACGACAAAAAAAAAACUUGAAACCUCAAACUAACGCCUUGGAUCUUUUAGAUCUAGAGAGCAUUGUGUUCUGUCGUAAACUCCUUUAAGACCUAAAUAAAAAGCAGAGGAAAGAAAAAGGAGCUGGCUUUUUUUGUUGUCGGUUAAAUAAAUAUAGAUCCAGGUCUCUGCGAUUCGUUUGAUUCUCUCUCUCUUAUCCCCAAUCUAUCUUCUCCAAAUCAAUUUCAGGGUUUCGUCGAUCUACUGUUAAAUCUAGAUCCAGGUCUUUUGCGAUAAUCUAUCUUCUCCAAAUCGAGCCAUGAAACGCAUGGAAGAAGCUGCGAAGGACAGGUGCUGCAGCAGCUUAGAACCGAUCCAUCUCGAUUUAAAGCUGACUAGGUUGCCUGCGAAGUUUCUGAUGAAGACACACCAAAAGAAACUCCUUUGCCGAGUCGAAUCCCUGGUUUUGUUGGGAACUGCCAUCAAGCGCGAGGACGAUCAGAAAGACAAGCUAGAUCCGAUCCCUUUCGAUCUAGAGGUGGAGAUACUGACUAGAUUGCCGGCAAAGUCUCUGAUGAAGUUCCAAUGCGUGUCCAAGAUGUGGUCUUUCAUCAUCCGAAGCCAGAGAUUCGUGGAUUCCUACUAUGCUUUGUCCUCGACGCGAUCGCGUUUUACAGUCACUUUCAGUAACGGUUUAUUCGCCGAGGAUGAUGCCAGGCGUUUGUUCAUCUUCUCCUCUUCGUACGAGGAAGAGAAAUCUUCUUCUUUAGUUGCCAAGCUUGACAUUACAAUACCUGUUGUGACCAUGGAUUACCGCUCCAAAUGCCCUUCCAUCCACGGCUUUGUCAGUUGUUGUAAUGGCCCUCAGUUCAUUGUAUGUAACCCCAGCACGAGGCAAGUCAUUACCUUACCCAUUAAAGGACCCCGCGCUUCCUUGGGAUAUGAUCCUGUUGGUGAACAAUUCAAAGUGUUGAAUCUGGUGUCGUCUCCUGACAUGUAUCUUGGUUUUCUAGUGCACGAGGUUAUAACACUUGGAGGAGGAGGAGAAGAAUCACGCAAUCAGGUUACUACCGCUCCUUAUUACCCUGUAACCAAGGGACUUUACAUCAAUGGUUCCAUCUAUCAUGGUGCUUGGGCCCCUAGACUAAGAAUGGAUCCGGUGAUUGUGUGUUUUGAUGUUAGAUAUGAGAGCCUAAGUUUUAUCAAAGCGCCUAGGGUUGUUGUGGUUCGGGAGCGUGAAUCAAUAUUGAUAGAUUACAAAGGGAAGUUAGCUUCGAUUGCAAUAAACCCAUAUGCUCCUUUCCAAAUUUUUGAUUUAUGGAUAUUAGAAGAUGUCAACAAACAUGAUUGGUCCAAGCAAACAUUUGAGCUUCCCUUCUCUUUGGUCAAUAUGACUUCCCCGGGCACCAACAAGGCUGGGGAAAUCAUUUUUGCCCCAAAGACUCUCCCACCCACUGUUCAACCCUUCUUCAUUUUCUACUACAAUGUAGAAACAAAAGACCUCAGAAGAGUUAGCCUCCAUGGAAUUGCAGACGAUAAAGAGUUUUGGCGCCGAUAUGGACUCAAACACAAUAUAUAAUCAUCGAGAAGCUCGUGGAUGUCGUUUAUCUAUGUAGAUUAAGCCAUUGUGGAAGUUUUGGGCAAGCAAAUUUUUUGGAAAACCAAAUCUUCACUAUCAUUUGUCUUAACUACCAAUAGGUCUGAUUCUAAAAGACCCUGGAAAGAAACAAGGAAGAGAACGAUUGGGUGAAGGUGUUCUACCAUAUUACUUUCCUUGAACUUUCCUAGUCAUCACUUUUUUCCCAAUGUUGAGGGAACAUAUGACGUGUUUGCGUUGGACGAUGGUGGUGAGGUGAUUUUGAAUCCGCAAGGCGCCUUGGCCAAUUCUAAGAAUCAUUUCCUCGGAUAGGUUAGUCUCGCUGUACAUUUGAUCAGCCCUAGCACUUUGAGGGACUCCCGAUUUCAUUUUCUUUUCCUAGAAUCUGGAAGAGGCAGGUGAUUGUGGUAUAUAUGCCAGUAUGCUGAUCUAAUCUAACAAAUCGAUAGUUGUGUAAGCUUACAGAUUCUCUCACAUGUUUUAUUAUGAUGAUAUAUAUUCUCUGGUUGAAAUUGAUCCUUGACCUUCAUGAGUUCCUUCUAAUGUAAGGGACAUGCUGUAAAAUGCCAUUACCUGCUACUGUCAAAACAGCUUCUUGAUUUACAUAUACAUGAACCAAUAAAACGAUUAACUUUCUUUGUUUCCAGGAUAUCUCUGAAGAAUCAUCCUCCAGACAAGGAUAAGGACAAGGACACUGACAUGGAACCAGGUAAGAAACCUUAAUUGUGAAUCUAUUCCCUAUGUUCGGAUGGUUGAGUACCCUCAUCUAUAUUCAUUGAGCUAUCAUCACUUUGGAGAGCCAAAAGUAAGGUAUGGUAUUCCAAAAAGCAAUGCAACUGCUCUCAAGAAGGCGAUGAGAAUAUAAUCUACCUGCUUUGUUUGAAGAACAGCCUGAUCUACUUCAUGGCCUGUUCUAAAAGAUGAGGGAGUCAAGGUUUAUCAGGUGGUUCAAAGUGCAGUUUCAACUUAGGGCGUAUCAGGCUGGAUUCAACUGCGGUUUCAAUCGCGCUGAAGCGGUUAAUGUGGCUCCGGUUUAUCGGUUGGCUCAUGGACAGAAUGUCGUAGAACUAUAUAGUAAAGAGACAAGGAAGAUUUCUCUGUCUCAUGACAAACUUCUCCUCGGAGCAUCUUCUUAGUGCUGGUAAAUUCUCCGGUUUAUGGUGUUGUUACUAGCUUAAAGGCAACUAACUAUGGGGUGUAUGUUCUUAGUGCUGGAAAAGCGAACACAGAUCCUGAAACUUGUACUUUCUUUUACUGCUUUAAAUUUCUUGACAAGCUUAUUGUUUUUUUUUUUUUUGGUUUAAAUUCCCUGAAGUCUAAAUUUAAACUGGUAUCUCUUCUUAUA